CCGAAAUAAACACCUCCAUUUUGAGCCCGGGUUAUAUGCAGCUGGGGGCCAUGGACCCACAGUCAGAGGGACAGCUCAUCGCGGCCUCCUCGCUGGUCACAGUGAACAAGGGAGUGCCUGAGGGUCUGGCACAGACCAGAGAGGAGGAGGAGGAGGAGGACGCCAUCUCAAUCGGAGGAUCGGAGGCAAAAGAGAGGCGGCCCCAGGGGUUGGACUCCUCAGCUGACCGAAGCCGCAGGAGAAAGGAGGCACGCGACCAGGGCACAGUGAAGGGACGUUCUCGGUCUCCGUCUCGGUCCCCUGCCCGGCCAGCAGCUGAAGUGUCAGUGUCCUAUGACCGUCUGGUCAGCACCCUCCACCAGGAGAACGGAGAGCUGCGGUCCCUCAAGAUGGAACUGUCCCGCGAGAUAUCCAACCUGUCCCGGUCGAUGCAGGUGAUGGAGAUGCAGCUGCAGAGCACCAGUGCAGAGAACGUCAAUCUGAAAAACCAGUUGGAGGCCCUGCGGAAGACCAAGACGGAGCCCAGCCAGACGGAGACUGGGUACCUGGAAGAGUCGAUGGCAGACAGAGUAUUGAUAGCAGAGCAGGAGGCCCAGUGCGCCAAGGCACAACUCGCUCUGCUGAGGGAGCGCUACGACCGCAUCGAGAGGGACAACCGAAUGAUGGCCGACGAGAUCCACCGCUUCCGUGAGCAGAUCGGCCGGCUGCAGCAGUCCCCGAUCCAGCGCUCGACCUCCCGGUCCCGUUAUGUCACCGUUGGUCUCAGCUUCCUGCUGGGUGUUGCUUAUUUCUGGUUCUACUUGGAUGGCACACUGUGACAUCCCCAAACCAGGUGUCACUCAGUCGAUGCGAGAGGACUGUCUGACUUUGCCUGCGUCUCAGGUCGUGCCACCGGGCUGUUUUCACCGCUGGCCACUCCCUCAACAACCUGGGUCCCUGCCUGGCACGACCCCCCCCCCCACCUGCAGCCAGCAGGCUCCUCGGUCUGGGGGCUGGGCUCGGUCCCCCUCCCACUGUGCCUGCAGUGGGGUGGGGUGUGGGGGACUACAGUUUGGUCCCCUGGGCGUAGCAGGAGGCACAGUGACUCCCGGCGCCAGUAUCGACUCGGGUGGAGUAGUCGCCUCUUCGCAGCGUUUGUCCGAAUUCCUGAUUUGGGGCUAGGUGCGGGGGCGGGAGUCGAUCCGUGCACCUGAAACGUCGUCCUCCCGAACCCUUUGCCCACCUCCCAUUUCAAUGUGGUUCCUCUGCUCCGGGACAGGAAUAAAGGGAUUGCCUUUACCAGGGCAGUCUGUGAGCCUUUUCUCAAGAGCGGAGGGGUGGGAAAAUGGGGGCGAGGGAGAGUCAGGAGGAGAGAGAGGUGGUGGGAGAGGAGGGAAGAGGGAGAAGGUGGCCGGAAGGAGAGGAGCGGAAAGGGGGAGUGGGAAGUAGGGGAGGAGUGCUGGAGAGUCAGGUGAGGGGGAAGUGGUCUGCAAGGAGGAGGAAGAGUGUUAAGGGAGAGGAGA